GAAAGAAGUUAGUUCGAGCGACUAAACGCAGCAGAGUGCUAGUUUUUCGUGCACCGGUUGAUAAGACCAGUCGUGAACUUUGAACGAUCGGCCAAAACCUCGAGAUCGAGUGUCACACCGUCACUAUAUGGUGCAGCUUUUCCAUAUGUGUUUCCGUGUGUGAAGUCUGGCCGAUUGAGCGAGAGCGGGAGCGGUUCUCGCGCGCAACCCCCAAGAGCAACGCAUUGCCGCCAAUCAGUCAGUGAUUUUAUUUUUUUCCGUUCUCGAGGCUGCUGUCUGCGGUCUGCUUACACUCGAUUCAACCCCUUCUGCGUCCGGCGUAAGUGAGGUGUGAGCGUGAAGCGUGAGCAAAACUACCCCCUCGAGCUGCAGCAGCAUCGAUUGACCGACCGGGUCGGGCGCGCGGUUUUUCGGCGAGAGAAACCUCGAAGAGAGCCGGAGAGGUGCACCUGAACUAAGGGAGCUUUUAUAAAGUGCCAUGUUGUUUUUAUUCGUACGUUAAUUUAUUGAGCUUCUUCCAGCGGGUCGUGUCGCGAAUCUUGCGAAAAGCCCCCGCGAAAAAUUCUUCCGUUCGCACAGCGUUUCACCGCGUUUCCCAAGAACUGAAAGAGAAUUGCUGAAAAAAGUUCUGAGCGAGCUGCAGCACAUCUUCGGAUGUUUCGUUUGAAUCCUGUUUGGUUGUAAUUUGGAUGAAGAUCGACGAAACCUGAUUUGUGGCGCGGAUAUUCAGAAUACAGUGAGUGUUGGUGUUGGUGCUUUGAAAAUACGGUCGGAACUCAGCUCCUGCAGCCAGUAGUGAUCGGCAGGUCGACCAGACAGGAACCACUUUGGCAAUAGAACACAGUUUGCACAUCUUCCCUCAUCGCACAUCCAGGGUGGCGAUCAGCUGAUUUCUAGCGCAGUGCGGGUGUUUGUGCCUUUUUUUGCUUCACAUUUUCGAUACGAACCAGACACACGUGAAUUCCGGGUGAAUGUCAAAAUAGUUGUUUUUGUUUCUCCACGGAAGUGCCAAAAGGAUAAACUCGCAGCUGCGCAAUAGCAGUCCAGCGCUCCUGCCAACGCCAGUGAAACGAAAUCGUGAGCAAAAGUGUAUCGGACCGUGAAUGUGGAGGAUUCUAUCAUUCGGUGAAAUACGGACUUCUGCUGCAUGUGCGGUUUAUAUUUCAGUGAAUUGAUUAGCGGGGCGAUUUCGGAAUUUCAUCAAGAAGCAACAGACUGAAUCGUGUGCAGUAUUCUCCAGCAGGGUGGAUCAGCUGAAAGACCGUUCGCAUGUUAUUAAUGUGAUAACCAACGGGCCCAGCUGCAUCAGAAUUAAGCAACCAAUUCUUCCACGUUUAUGUUACAAGACAGCUUUAAUGUUACCGAUGUCAAUUACUCGUAGUUAGCAAAUAAACCAAAAAUUAUCGACUAAGCUAAGACGAGCCUUCGUGCUUCCAUCGAUCAAAGAAAACUACCUUACCAGUGAGUGACAAACUCAAAUUAAACCACCGAAAUGACGUCGACGAUAAAUGGAACGGUGUCCGCCAACUACUGGGACUACUUAUUCACGGACCUGGCGGAUCCGCGGACGAACCACUGGCCGCUGAUUUCGUCCCCCGUGCCCGGCUUAACGAUCAUUGCCAGCUAUCUGUACUUUGUGCUCAACUUCGGACCCAAAUAUAUGGCCAACCGGAAGCCGUUCCAGAUGCAGAAAACUCUGGUGCUGUACAACUUCGUCCAGGUGCUCGUCAGUGUGUAUAUUUUCUACGAGGGCUUGGAUGGCGCCUGGCUGCGACAUUACAGUUGGCGGUGUCAACCGGUUGACUGGACUGAAAACCCUCAAUCUAUGCGAGUCGCCAAAGGCUGCUACGUCUACUUCCUGGCCAAGCUCUCGGAACUGCUGGACACGGUGUUCUUCACGCUGCGGAAAAAGGACAAACAGAUCAGCUUCCUGCAUCUUUACCACCACACUGUGAUGCCGAUGAUCUCGUGGGGCGCCACCAAAUACUUCCCGGGUGGACACGGAACGUUCAUAGGAGUCAUCAACUCGUUUGUGCAUAUCAUUAUGUACACGUACUACAUGCUGGCCGCCAUCGGACCCCACCUACACAAGUACCUCUGGUGGAAGAAAUACAUCACUGAUUUGCAAAUGAUCCAGUUCGGAAUGGCAUUCAUGCACUCGGCCCAGCUUCUGUGGACGGACUGCGGCUACCCACGUUGGUCGGUUUGUUUCACCCUGCCCAACGCCAUCUUCUUCUACAUGCUGUUCAACGAUUUCUACAAAAAGACCUACACCGUGAGGCGGGCAGCUCGGCUGGCAUCCGCGCGGGCGAAGGCCGAAGAAAUUCGGAAAGCGAAGGAGCUCGAAAGCUUAAAAGCAGCGAACGGAAAGCUCGUCGACAAAGAACUGUAAACAGAGUGAUGCAAAGAUACGUAGUACGUAGUGUGUGAUUUGUAGAUGCCACCGUUUGAAAAAAAACUAUUUCACCAUCGAUCUUCACCUCUGUCUUCCCCUGUCCCAUGUUUCACACAUUGACCAUUCAUCAGAUCCGUUUCUAGAAUAAGGAAACUCAUUUCACUUGCUCAUAAAACUGAACCUAAACCAAGUCUCUACUCAUAAGGUAACUGAAAGUUGUGUGCGAAUACCUUCGUUUUAUAAGGAAGGUGUUUUUCCUAGCUGUGUAAGGUAAUUUUAAUUUGAAUCUAGUUGAAUGAAAGUGAUGAUUUUAAUCUGAACAGAAGAAUAAUAAAAGAAUGACAAAACACUAUCGAAGCUAAACUAUAAAUCCAAA